AGGAGAACAGGAGCGCUCAGGCUGCGAUCUCUUCUUGUUACGCGGUACGCGGAUUAUCAAUCCACUCAUCGACCGACUGAAAGGAGAACAUAACUUUCCUGCCGCUGCAGUUCGCUGAUGGGGGAUUUCACAUUUGCAGAGGUUUUACUUCUCUUUGUUUCUGAAAUAUGCUUGAAACAAGAUGAUGUACGCUCCUCUGGUCUGAACUCUUAAAGAAUGUAUCAUUUUCUUACCUGCACUCUGCAGUUAUGUGAUGCUAUAGCGAGCGGUACCAUGAUCUGCGAGAUCGUAAACCAGCGGAAAGUGCCUGGAGUUUGAUGCUGUCGGGUUAACGCAUUAACCCGCGUUGUUGGCGCUUGCCAGAAUAAUCUGACCUUUGGAGUGUGAAAUUGCUGAAGACUCAUCCAUUUGAAGCAGCUUCCUUGGCUUCAUUUCAACGUUGAAGAAAAGAGUUUAACUUCUAAGUGUUUGCAGAGAACUUGGCACGUUGCUGGUGGACUCUAGAAUUAACAAAAAGGCUUUCAUGUCUCAAAGUAAUAACAAUGCACUAAGAGCUGUAUCCAUAGCUGAACGCACUGAACAGCUGCAGAAAGACCCUGCAAAAUCAAUGGCUACAGCAGCUGAUGCUAUGGGAAGUUUAUCUAUUGAUGCAACCCACCUCACCAUGUCCGUUACCGACCCCACAGCGUGGGCUACUGCGAUGAAUAAUCUCGGGAUGGUCCCUGUAGGACUGGCUGGGCAGCAGCUAGUUUCAGACUCCCUCUGCGUACCAGGCUUUGAUCCAAGCCUGAGUAUGAUGACUGGCAUAACUCCAAUCAAUCCAAUGAUGGCUGGCAUGGGUCUCUUACCACCUCCACCAACACAGCUGCCUAUUGUGAAAGAAAUUAUACACUGUAAAAGCUGCACCCUCUUUCCUCAAAAUCCUAAUUUGCCUCCACCUUCUACAAGAGAGCGGCCUCCAGGUUGUAAAACUGUGUUUGUUGGAGGAUUACCCGAAAAUUCCUCAGAUGAGAUUAUUCAGGAGGUCUUUGAGCAAUGUGGAGACAUUACAGCAAUUCGUAAAAGCAAGAAGAAUUUCUGUCACAUUCGAUUUGCUGAAGAGUUCAUGGUUGAUAAAGCCAUUUACUUAUCUGGUUACCGAAUGAGACUAGGAUCAAGCACAGACAAAAAGGACUCUGGUCGCUUACACGUAGAUUUUGCCCAAGCAAGAGAUGACUUUUAUGAAUGGGAAUGCCAACAGAGAUUGUUUGCAAGGGAAGAGCGUCAUCGGCGCAAACUAGAAGUAGAUUACUUUGGGCCCCCAUCACCGCCCUCAAUCAUGCAUUAUUCUGAACAUGAAGCCACGGUGCUUUCUGAGAAGCUUAAAGAUGACAACAAAUUCUUAGAAGCCAUUUCUAUUCUCCUAACUUGGAUAGACAGAGGAGAGGUGAAUCGAAGGACAGCAAACCAGUUCUACUCCAUGGUCCAGUCAGCAAACAGUCAUGUUCGACGAUUGACAAAUGAGAAGGCAGCACAUGAGGAAAAGCUGGAAGAAGCCAAGGAAAUCUAUAAAACUGAGCUCCUGGGAAUUCUUACUCAAUUUGAGCAGAUUGUGGCCGUUUUCAACGCUUCCUCCAGACAAAAAGCAUGGGACCAUUUCUCCAAAGCCCAGCGCAAGAAUAUUGACAUGUGGCGGAAGCACUGCGAGGAACUGCGAAAUGCACAAAGCGAGCAGCUAAUGGGGAUCCGACGAGAAGAGGAGAUGGAAAUGUCUGACGAUGACAGCAGUGAUAUCCCUAGCAAGAAAGCCAGAGUGGAAGAGUCAGCUUUAGCUGCCCAAGCGUAUGCAUUAAAGGAAGAGAAUGACAGUCUACGGUGGCAAUUAGACGCCUACAGGAACGAAGUUGAACUUCUGAAACAAGAAAAAGGUCAUCAUGCACGGACAGAAGAAAGCUUGACCAAGGAUCAGCAGUUGCAGUUUUUACAACAAGCAAUGCAAAAUAUGCAACAGCAAUUAGUUGCCAUGCAGGAGGAGUUAAACAACAAGAAGAGUGAGCUAGAGAAAGCCAAGGAGGAACAAACACAUGCAAACGCCCUCGUGAAUGUUCUCAAGGAGCAGCUUAAAAACACCAAAGAAGUUGCAGAUUCCAAUAACCACGACUACCUCACCAAAGAAAACGGUACUGUCACUGUCGCGGUGUUAAAUCAUGAUGAAGAGAAGGAUUCCGAAAAACAAAGACAGGUUCUGAAGUCAGAGAAAGAAGCUUUGCUCAUAGGUAUCAUUUCCACAUUUCUAAAUGUCCAUCCGUUUGGAGCAAAUAUAGAAUACUUGUGGUCGUACCUUCAACAACUGGACUCCAGGAUAUCGGCUAAUGAAAUUGAGUCUUUACUAAUGAGGUUACCUCAAAUGUUCAAACAAGAAUUCACUGGUGUAGGAGCCACACUGGAAAAGCGAUGGAAAUUCUGUGCCUUCGAGGGAAUCAAAACAACUUGACUUCGCAUGGUUGUAGAGACAUUUAGCUAAAUGCUGUAGCAUGGCAGAUUAUAAAGUAUUCCUUAGGCAGUGGACAUUUUGCAAGGCCGAUGAACCUGAACUUUAGUUACAUCUGUGAUGUGCUCUUGUGAUUGAAGAUGUCAUUGUGCAAGUCUCUCCGCUUUUGUUUCCGAAUUGUGAUAGAACUCUUUGCUGUACAGGUAAUUACAUUGGAUUUUUCAUUUAAAUCUAGAUAGCUCUGAAAAUGUGUAGUUCCGUAUUAAUGGUUGCAUAGAAGAGUUAGAAGGACAAACAACUACUGAAAGUGAUGUACACAGUAGACCAUUAGUUCAUAGGCCCAGAAAUGGUUUUAAGCCUCUUCUCAUAAGAAUUUUAAGUUGAUACAAUUUGGAAAUUGGACAGUUACAUAGUUUUUUUUUUUUUUUCCUAUUUAAUUGUCCUAAGACUCUAUCACACAUUUAGGCAACCUGUAGCUUAUCAGAUGUUACAGAAGACACUGUUAAAACGGCAUUCUGCCAUACACCACAUAGAACCUAAGCGUUCAGCAAACAGAUAAAUUACAGAUUGUCUACCUCUGACCUUCAGAGAAGAUACUUGAAGUCUACCUUACCGAGAUGCACCUGCUUUUGUGUUGGACCUUACAGAAGGUCUUUUACUCUCUUAUGUUUGUUUUGUACACAAUUCAUUCUGUAUCAGGGUAUCCUAUUAUUGUUCCUGGGCAUCCACUACCUUGUGUAUCUUUGUGGGGCCUGUGUCACCCUGCCAGAAAACAGAACGAUAUUGCUUUUUCCAAGGAGUUAGUUUUGCGUUGUAUACUUGGCAGAAUGCCCUAUAAUAGGUUAGGGUAGCUCCUAACAUGUCCUCUUUAACGACGUAACCCUGAUGUGUCGUUAUAGGGUGAAACAAUUCUCAUCUGGCAUGUCCAAGCCUUUUAAGAUUUGACCAUUUGCCCAAAAUUGCAGACCAUAUACAGGCCAAUGAUAAGACAUAUUCAGUUCAGAUUUUUUAUCUUGGUGUUUCAGCAGGUUUUAGUAUUGCCAAGAGAGAUUAAACAGUGUGAGCCUACUGCUUGAAAGGAAAUCUAAAUUUAUUAUUUUUCUAAUACAAAUCACAGACCAGAGUAAGACAGCAUAUACUGUAAAUUUAUCUUCCUGAUGUAAAUAUGGAGCAAAAUAUUGUUUUUUUUCUGUAUUGGUAUGUAAUAUAUUCCGAUAUAUGCAUCAGAAUAUUCAACUGCAUUGUUCACAAAUUUUAUAUUAAAUACUUGAAAAUAAUGUUUUCCAAUAAAUAUUAUUGUACUUACAA